AUGAGUACUGAUAUUUUUGCUUCUCAAUAUAGACCUAAAAAUGAGCAACAGAUAAAGAUUGCCAUUUAUGUUAAAGACGCUACAUCCGAACCUGAAACUUAUACUGUGAAUAAUUUAGAUAAAAGUAAAUCAUUAAAAGAUGCGCGGAAAUAUUUAUCUGAAUUAAAAGGAAUCUUUAUGGGUCUACAGAAUGCUGUUUUUCGUAGUGCAUCUCAAAAAAUUCCUCAUAGUCAUGAAAAUGUUUGUAGAGUAGAGGAUAUUUUGGUUCGAGAGCCUGAAUUCUAUUCCUUAUAUAUUGAAAAAGAUGAAUCAAUUCCUUGUGUCCCCGAACUUGUGCACCUGCGUAAAUUAGAUCGAGGACUUAUAAAACUUAACGAUAACAGUAUAAAGAUGGCAAGUAUGCAAGCAUUCUAUAUAAAAGAUUUGCAUAUGAAGGAUAUUAUUAUCCGGAAUAAACUUGAAUCUGUUCGCAAAAGGACUAUCAAAAACUUCGACCAAUUAUGGAAUGAAAGUUAUGAAAAUGAACAUAAAAAAAACGGAGAUAAUAUUGAAGAAAAUUAUGAAGAGGAACUAAACGAAUAUAAUAUUGUAUAUUGUCAAAAAGGCACAAUAUUAUUAUCUUGUAAAGAGUUGGAAGUAACAGAUGAAUAUAUUAAUGCUAUUAAAGAUGCAUUGAAAGACGAUAAUGAUAUUCAAAAAAUAGAGAAUUUGAAAAAAGUUGGCGAUGAAUUUGGAUUUUUUGGAGUGAAAGAAAUUAUGCUUGGUGGCAAAUCAAUAAAUGACAACCGUUUCAAAAAAAAAGCCAUUGGUGGUGAUGAAAUGUCUGGAGAAACAUCUAAGUGGAUAAAAUCCUUAGAGUCUUAUAAGACGUGGGAUAUUAUUGGAUAUGGAGAUAAAUUCUCACUUUAUGAAUUACUAUCAGAAGAAUUGCAAUUAAAAAUAAGACAGCUUAUUGGUAUGAGAGUGUUGCAUUCACAUGUUGAAGAAAUCAACAUAAGAGAAGAUUAUGAUUUCAAGUUACCGAUUACUUUGCGUAUCCCUGUGCCACCAGAUAUUUUAAUAUUGGAAGACUACAAAAUAUUUGCUUCAAUUUUUAACAAGGAAAAUAAAGAUCCUUUUAAAAAUGUAUUCGGAAUUCGUAUUGAUUAUCAAAAUGUGAAAAGUCCAUAUUUUGUAAUUCACCGCAUUGGUAAGAUUCCUAAUAAUCACCCACAAAUAAAUCUCAAAAUUCCUUGGAUAGUUAUUGGACGCAAAAAGGACCUUCCGAUUCGACCGAUUCCAAAUAUCACUGGCCUAGAAUAUAUUUGGACCAAGGAUCAUAAAAACGCAGAAAUUAAGCUUCAUAGGUCAAUUCCGUAUCAUCAUUGUUGGAUAGGCACGUGUGUAUUAUAUUGUGACGAAAAUCCCAACUACUUGUUUGGACAGUCUAGCAAUGUCAUAAGUUAUCAUUUUUGUCAAUCAAGUAAUGAGUUAUCAAUAACAAUAUGUUGUAAUCAAAAUAGCCUUCAUAAUGAUGAUGAAUUGGAUAAUUUUAAAAUCAACUGUACUAUUCUUAGUAAAAAUAAUGCUGGUGGAUUAUCCCCUAAUACUGCUAUUGGACCGUCUACUCAAGUUUGGAAAAAGAAAAAAUGGAGACUUCUUACUUCAGGAAACCUUUUUACUGGAAAUAAAUGGGUGCUACCUGAUAACGAUCUUGUUUUUGCAAGUCUUAUAUAUCCAAAUUCAGAAAAUACAUGUAAACAUUUUUUUCUCAAUAUUAAUCAAAAAUAUCCAACUAUCAAAUCACUGGAUAAUAUUGGUAUGCGUAACCCUGAUUGUCGACUUUCUUAUAUUUCGUUCAAUUAA